AUUACCUUAUUGGGAUGCGAUGGUGUUGGACGUUCGUUUAGCGCCGCAAAAAAAUAAAAAAAAAAUACUGGUUGUCUUGUCCAGGAUUCCGCCCGUUUUUGUAAAUGACCGCUGGUCAAUAGAAGUUUUUGACGUCACAGUUUGAUCUGAACGCGCAUUUGUGGCUCCAGGACGAGUACGUUACUCGUUGCCUCUGUCGCUGACGCAAUUCGCCUGUGACACAGAGUUGAACUGGACGUGUCGCUACUGCUUAGGGAAGCAUUAACCUGCGACUGGCGAAUCUCAAGAAAGAGCACUAUCAACUCACGGGCUAGAGUCUACAUUCGUAGCUGUCUGUUCUUUCUUCAUCUUCAUCAUGUCCGCUACGGUGUGUUGUCUCUUCUUCUGGUGGCAAAGGAAGACGAACUUCAAUAAGCAUGAGCAGACAAAAAACAGCUUCACCGCCAAACCGAGAUUUAAAAUUACCUCCAAAAUACCCGUCAUCCGCAGUGAGGAUAUUGUCUCAUUCGUUUUACCAGCAACUCAUAAAGUGCUGCCACACACAGAUCGCAAAAUGAAAUUGCAAAAGAAUCCCGCUAGUGUUGAGUCUCAGUCCAGUUUCACGAAAGAAUCUCAACCAUUGAACAAUGUAGUAACCAGAUUCGGUUUUGAGACCAGUUCGGCUACCGAUACCGUCUGCCCUCAUCGCGUCAACAGCAAAUUGUUGGAUCCUGCCAAUCUAAACUUGAAGCUGUACUCGCGGGAUCUUGAAACAAAUGAGCUUGUCUACACAAGUCAAGCAAAAAUCGGUUUUUCAUUGCAAUUUAAUUCCUCGCGUCAGCUAUUAACCCUCAAGAUUUUGGGUGCACUCAAUCUGCCGACUAGGAGCAAAAAUAUUGCUCCUGAUCCAUACGUCAAGAUUGUAAUCCUUCCCGAAAGACAGAUCAAAUGCAUAACUAAGACGCUCAAGUCCAACUGCAAUCCACUCUUCAAUCAAGUGUUCGAACUGGACAUGUCCGGUUCGCCUUUGAAUAAAACUGACAUUUUGCUGAUGGUCCGUGACCGCCCAGAAACGUCCUGCUACGAAAGGUGUGUUUCACGCUCAGUGAGCCUAGGUCAGGCAAUUUUCAGCAUGGCUGACUUCAAUGGAGUGAAUCACCGGCGCCAAGUGAGGUGGUGUCUACUGGAGAAUACACAAGCUAUUUCACCUCAUGCAGACAUUGUGAAUGCGGAAUCAGUGCCCAAGGCCGAAAUGCAAAUUUCACUUUUGUAUCGAGUUUGGUCGGAUGAGACAAAACUUAUUAACCACGGACGGAUUAUAUUGGAACUGUUGCAAAUUCGUCCAACAUCGUUCAUUCCAAACAACCAAGACAAAGAGAAAGUUACGAUUAAGGUAUUGCUGUACGAACGUGGAUAUUUGACGUCUUCGCGAAGGACUAACAGCAUCCGGAGGGACGAGGCCACGGCCGCGUUAUGCCAGAAGUUUGUCUUCGCCCUUCAGCCUAAAAUGCUGCAUGAGGCUUCCUGCCAAAUCGUCCUUGUCACCAAAUCCGCAAUAGGAACAAAGAGAACAUUGGGACGCAUCACCUUGGGUCAUCGUCAUUUCUUUUCUACCUGGGCAAGUAGUACAGCCCUUACAACUGGGAUUGAUCACUGGCACGACAUGGCACACCGACCCGGAGUUUCAGUGGAACGCUGGCAUUCGAUAAUAUAACGAUGGAAAUACGAAGCUACUACGCAAACUGUAUCAUUCAGAUACGGGAAAUGGAACUUCAUCCUAACAAGCUGCUUAGGAAACGAUUGCAAAGCUACAAGUUAUUUAUGAAGGGCAGCGUAGUGCUGAAUUCCUUUUUUUUUUCUCUUUUUCUGUUAUUAUGUUUGACAAUACUUGAAUCUUUCAGUUUUUCGCGAAAAGCAUGCGCACGUAUCACAGUUUUACAGCAGGGACGAAGAGGGACCUAUUGAGUAGUUGGUAGCGUUUGUAAGAAGCCAGAUAAACCGUUACACGUUUUCGCAUGUAGGCUACUGCGCAAUUGAAGCAGGAAAUCGGCUUCAAAUGACUCGAUUCCUCAGAUUCUUUUAGCUUCUUAUUAUUGAUUCUCUUCGUUAACUUGAUGUAUUAUACGGAGUUAGUUGUCACAUGGCGAGUCAAAUAUAAUGUUUUUAAAAAUCUA